AUGGCGUCCACAGAACAGCAAUUCCUCGGCCUCUUGAGAAGCGACCGCAUCAAGGACCAGCUCCUCGCGCACCUCGGCACCAGCGACCUCUGCGCCCUGCGCGGCUCCUCGUCCGCCUGCUGCAACCUCGUCACCAAGCGGCUCUUUACCCGUCUGCACGUCACCUUUACCGCCAGCACCUUUACCAAGCCGAGCCGGGUGGCCGCCCUCGGCCGGGUAGGGCACCACGUCGAGCACCUCACGUUUUACCUGCCGCACUCGCCGGCGACGUUUCUGCCGCCGCUCGUGCACCCGCAGACGGGCCGCGAGAUCAGCUUCCUGUACACGCCGCACACGAGCACGCACGCGGCGCUCACGCGGCCCAAGUACGCGACCGCGGAGCUCGGCGACAUCCUGACGCAGCAGUACCCGCCGCUGUUCCACGCCGCCACCAACGUGCCGAGCUUCAUCCAGGCGCUGUCGCGCGUCGCCGGCGUGCGCCACCUGACGGUGCGCUGCCCCGGCCAGCACCCGGCCGAGCGCUACCGCCGCGACGUCGUCGACUACGCCCUCAUCAGCCUGCGCAUCGCCGUCGAGCGCGCGCCGCUCACGGCCCUGCACAAGCUCUCCCUCUCGUCGCUGCACCCCGCCGCCCUCGCCUACCUGCGCCCCGUCCACGCCAUCGGCAGCGUGCCCUCGGCCGCCCGCCGCUGGGCCCAGAUCCGCAAGCUGCGCCUGUCGGUCGAGGCCUGGGACUUUGCCAGCGCCGCCUCCCCGGGGCUGGACCACCUCAAGAUCAUCGACGACUACAUCCGCGCGCUCGCCCCGCGCCUCGAGAAGCUCGCCUUUGCCUGGGUCGGCGCCGGCGGCCCGGGCCCGUGUCCGAUGGCGCUGUCCGCCGAUCCGCUGUUUGCGCCGCCGCGCGCCGCCCAGAAGCUCUUCCACGAGGUGACGUCGCCCAUGUCGCCGCUGCCGGUGCGCCCGUCGCGCGCGCCCAUGCACCUGCCCGUGCUGCGGUACCUGCAGAUCCGCAACACGGCCAUGAACGCGCCGCAGCUGCGCCGCUUCAUCGCUGCCCACCAGGACACCGUCAGGGAGUUUGACUUUGAAAACGUCUCGCUCGCCGACGGCGGCCGCUGGGACGACGCCCUCGCGCCCGUCAGCGAGGACCGCAAGUGGUCCCGGAGCGGCCUCGCUGCCGCCUCGCGCCGCCACAGCCUGGUCAUGAGCGAGAGCUCCGACGACCUGCCCAGCCCGAGCGCCGCCGUGGAAGCCGUCGGCAGGGAGCUGCUCGGGCUCGAUGUCGGCGCGUACGGCUUCGACGAUGAGGAGACGACGGCCAUGGAGGAGCUUGCGGAGGAUAUGGCUAGCGGCUUCACCACCAGGAUCAGGAAGAAGAAGCGCUCCAACAAGCAGCACCACGCCCGCCACGACGAGCACCACCGUAGCCAGCGCAAGCACAAUCGCAGCGCCAGCGAGCCCGACCACAAGUCCCCUCCUCCCUCCCCUCCGUCGCUGCCCCGCUCCCACUCGUCCUCCUCGCAGCUGUCCUCGUCCUCGCUGUCCUCGCUCCUGCGCCGGCGCCGCCCAUCGCACUCCUCGUCCUCGCAGGACAAGCCGUCCCUCGAGACGCUGCGCACAUCCCCGGUCCCCGACGCGUGCAUCUCGCGACCCAUUCUCGCCACGGACCCGCAGCCGGUCCUCCUGCAGCCCACCGUGUACGACCCCCGCGCGGCGGGCAGGGCGGGCGACGACGGCAUCACCGCCGUGCAGCGCAACCUCGAGCAGGAAGAGGCACAUCGACUGCUCGCCGAGGACGCGUCGGCGCGCGUGAGCGCCCUGCAGCGCGCCAAGGACGCCGUCAUGACCAAGCUGACGCGCGAGUUUUCCAAACGCCACAGGACGAGCGGCGGCAGCAGUGUGUAUGGCCACGGUCAUGGCAGCGCUAGUAACAAUAGCGCCGUCGCGGCGUGUCGCCUCAUGGCCGGUCCUGACCUGAUGGCCGGAGCUGGGAGCUUCUACACGGGCAACAGCAACUUUGUGCUGCAAGACAGACGGGCCAUGGGCAGCCAGACAGCCAUGGUGCCGCUCAUGUUUAGCCGGGGGUGA